AUUGCUCCUCUAUUGACUUUUUAACAACGUUUUUACCAGCGUGGUGCUGAGAAGUAGCUCAUAUAAUGAGCUUAGCGGGUGUGCAGUUGCGUCAGGUGUUCGCUAAUUGCUGCUGACUUGUCUGAACGGGCUGAGUGGAGGAGCUGUGUGGAGUCGCGAGGAGACAUGCUCUGUGAAUCGGAGCUGCACUUCAAAGUAGAUUACUUAAGCAUUUAAGGAAGAAUCAAGGCAACACCGCAGAGGUCAUGUGUUGGUAAAACAGGAACAUGCUCUUAGUUGAUUCCUAACUCUGUGUGAAAGCAGAUGAAAAUGACGGGUUUGUGCACAUCUCUGCUUCUUCUGGCCUCCAUCUCUGCCUCUGUAGCAGAUGUUGGGGACUUCAUCCCCUGCUUGCAAUUUUUCUACAAAUCCUGGCCCCCCAAAGGCCUGGCUGGGACCCCGAUCUGCCAACGUUACAACAACUUGUACCAGUUUGCCACGUUAUACAGUCGACCUCGCCGUUCAGCGUGGUUUUCAGCUUAUUUGUACUCUGUACCAACUGGGAAAAGGCCCAAAGCUUCCUGGAAGUAUGAGCCACAGUUGGCCUACCCUUCAGCAGAUGGCAACAUGGUCCCCUUCUUGCCUGGACCAGUGGACAUGAACAUCGUGGAGAGCCAGGCAGUGGACCUGGACUAUAUCAACUCCACCUAUUCUCGUGGCCACCUAAACCCUAGUCUUCAUCACCAGACCUACCAGAGCCGGUCUGCCACAUUCACCCUCACCAAUGUGGUUCCGCAGAAGAAAUGGUCUAAUGAUGGACCCUGGGAAGUCCUAGAGCUUACCGUCAACAAGACCUUGGCAGCCUACUGCCUUGGAGAAGCCUACAUAGUGACAGGCAUCAUGCCCUACCAGAAAGAAGAGCACUGGAUGAAGAAUCGGGUGGCAGUGCCAGAAUACCUCUGGUCUGCAUACUGCUGCCCAAAUUACAACCAGAGUAUUCCUGACAGACUGAAAGAUGCCUUUCCCACCUUCGCUGCUAUUGGACGCAAUGACCCCAACAGCACAGAGGAGAUUGUUCCAAUAGACAAGACGGCUAAGAAAGAGUACAGGGGAUAUGAUGUGAAACAGAUGUCUCUAGACUCGCUUGAGAUGUACCUGAAGGACAGAUUCAAUACAGUCAUCAGUGUUUUUAAUGAGCAGUGUGGUUAAUCAGAUUACAUGCUAGUAAAAAUUAUUGUUCUGACCGGAAUUUUAUUUAACUGAAAGCUAUGAGCCAUUUUCUGCCUUGUAACGUAAACUCACUGUUAACUGAGUGUCAGAAACUCCAUCAGUUGCCUGUGGUUCCACCUGUAAUGACACCACGAAGUCCUUCAGUACCUGUUCCAACCAUGCCAGCUCCUUGUCAGAUGUUUAAUUUGCUGCAUUUUGUUUUCUUACGGAAAAUUGCUACCUUAUAAACGGCGUCUGCAAACUUACCACUUCUGACCACUAGAUGGAGUCGUGGAGCUGUAUGUGUGAUGGCAUUCUCGCUCAUAGAUUUUUUUUUUUUAAAUAUAAUUUUGUAUUGCACUAUAACUUAUUGAUAAAAUGAAUAAUUGAGUGAAUAAACUUUCUGUUUACAGAAAAAAAUGUCCACUUUAUCUGUGAGCCUUUUUUCUACAUAAAGAGGUUUUUUUUUUUAUUAUUACUGGAAGAGAGGCGCAGAUGCUGCACUCAAAUUAAACAUGCAGCACUUAAAGUUCAGUAUGGUAGUACUGAGGUGUUAUUUACAGGAAAUUAUAAAGCAGAAGUAUUCUGUUUGGAGAAAUUAACUUUUUUAUUGUUCUUGAAAUACAAAGGGGUAAUUUAGUCAUAGACAAGGCAGGUAGCAAACUUUUGAAGAGGUAAUGGAUGAUGGUUUUUUUCUUUGUUUUUAAAUGCAUUUGGUGUUAAAAUGACAAAUUCUGACCUUGAACAGUCAUCCAUUUUUUAAACCGCAUACUCCAAAACCAAAGUAGUUUUUGUUUGUUUUAGCCCCCAAAAUUUGCAAUUUUUUUAAAUUUAUGAUCAUGCAACCAUUUGUUGGCAUGUCUGGAUGCAGCUACACAGCAUAACAUUCAGAUUGGUGAUAUAUUAUUAUUUGCCUUUAAGUUGACUGUUCAGACUGUCUUAUUAAAAGGGAUCUAACUGGAGGAAAUGUACUUCCACACUGAAAGUAUUUGUUUAUUUGAUUGUUUAUAUAUUUUUUAAAUAUGCUGGAGAGAACUACUAACAGAAAUAAACCUGUUAAACUAGAUUUUUUUGUUUGUUUUGUUUCAUUUAUUUUUUCCGUUGGCAGCAAUAAGUACAACUGAUGCUUUGAGUAAACAUGCUUUUAUUGCAUGAACAGGCAUAAUAUUAGCACAGGUUUACACAGAGCUGACCAUGUCUAACAUGAACUUGUUUUU